AUGGAGAAGACAGCCGAAGAAGAAGUUGCUGGUAAAAGCUUAGUAGAUUUGAUGAAGACAGCCGAAGAAGAAGUUGCUGGUAAAAGAUUAGAAGAUUUGGUGUUCUCUUGGUCUAUCAGGGAUGUACUUAAGAAAGAUCUUUACGAAAACCAGGUAGAGAAAAUACCAGAAUCGUUUACGUCAACAACUCAUUACAAGAAGGCAUUCAUUUCCCCCUUGCUUGAGGAAAUACAUGCUGAUUUGCUUUCAAGUGUAGAAUCGCUGGCUGGUGCACCAACACGUAAAAUAUUAUUUAUGUUUAGGCAACAUAAAUACUGCUUUCCAAAUAACUUGUUUUGCGAAAUCAUGGUGGAAAGCACCAGAAGGGGAUAUGUGCCUAGGGUUGGAGAUCUUAUUGCCCUAACAAACGUGAAACCAAAAUGCUUUUAUGAUCUAAUCAAUCCCCAGCAAUCCUAUCUUGUUGCUUUUGUUGAUGCUGUACAUAAAGGAUGUUUCUCAAUACAAUCCUCAAAGCCAAUAGAGGGUGAAGAAGGCUUGAGAAUGAAACAAACAGGAUGCUUUGCUGUUCAUUUGAUAAAUCUGACGACAAAUUUGCGUAUAUGGAAUGCGUUGAAUUCCAGACUAGAAGGAAAGAACAUGAAUAUUAUUGAGAAAGUGCUGCAAAAUAAUUUCACUCAUGUUGAGAAUUGUGCUCUCUGCUCUUCUAGUGAAAAUGGUGGAGUUGACUCUUCGUGCGUAAGGGACCUAUUACCAUCUUUUAGUCUGAAUGACUCGCAAGAAGCUGCGGUUUUAAGCUGUAUUCACAAUAUCGGAUGCUGUCAUCAACCUACUGUCAAAUUAAUAUGGGGUCCUCCAGGAACUGGGAAAACAAAGACUCUAGGUUUCUUGCUAUAUUCUCUAUUAAGAAUGAAAUGCAGGACACUUGCAUGUGCCCCGACCAACAUAGCGGUGUUGGAAGUGGCAGGCCGUGUUCUGAGAUCAGCGGUAGACUUAUAUGGAUAUGAAGGCUAUGGGAUGGGAGAUAUAGUCCUAUUUGGGGAUCAUACGAGAAUGAAGAUUUAUGAUCAGAAUGACCUUCUUCAUGUAUUUCUGGACAAUCGUGUUGACAUACUUGUGAGGUGUUUCGGCCCUUAUGGUUGGGAUUCUACUUUGGCAUCCAUGAUAUGGUUGCUGGAAUGUAUGGAAGAGAAGUUCCGUUUGUUGUUGCAGGAUAACAGUGGAAAGGAUGACAAUGAAGAGGAUGAAAAUGAUGAGAAGAUAAAUACAAUUCAAGAAAGGGAGGAAGAGAAAUACAAUAAAAAAAGUACAGACAAGAGAAGCCAGAAAAUUUGGGAAAAAAAAAAGGAAGUUGGUAUACAAGCCUUAAGAGAAAACAAAAAUACGAAGAAAGAGAAGGCAAGACGUGUUCCUUCGACAUUUGGGGAAUAUUUAUGGCAAUUCAUAUCCACUGGAGAGACAUUGAAGUUCUGUAUUGUAAAUUUGUACACUCACUUACCAACUUCUUUUAUUCCAUUAGUAGUGAUGAAGGACAUGAUCAGAGCUCUUGAUUUAAUGGAAUCUCUUGAAAUUUUAUUGCACAAAGUCAGUGUUGCCAGAAAACGAUCAAAGCAGACUCAUAAGGAAUGCAAGGAUGUGGGAAGCAGAUUUGACAACCAUGUACAGCUGCGGAAUGUUGUAAAAGACUGUCUCAAUACACUAACGAGAUUACUUCCACCAACAUUCUCUGUUCCAUGUCUCGAAAGUAGAUUUGCCAUAAAGAAGUUUUGCCUGACGAAUGCACGCCUGAUUUUCUGUACUGUGUCAGCAUCUGCCCAACUGCAUUCCCUUACAACUCCCUGGUCACCUCUGCGUUUCUUAGUUAUCGAUGAGGCUGCUCAGCUCAAGGAAUGUGAAUCAACCAUUCCCUUACAACUCCCUGGUCUUACCCAUGCUAUUCUCGUAGGAGACGACCGGCAAUUGCCUGCAAUGGUUAAUAGCAAGAUUUCUGAGGAGGCUGGGUUGGGUAGAAGUUUGUUUGAGAGGUUGAUAAAGUUAGGGUGCCAGAAAUACCUUCUCAACAUUCAAUAUCGAAUGCAUCCAUCAAUAAGCUUAUUCCCCAAUACAGAGUUCUACGGCAGGCAGAUUUUGGAUGGGCCAAAUGUGACAGAAACUGGUUACAGGAGAGAGUUCCUCAAAGGAAACAUGUUUGGAUCCUAUUCUUUUAUAAAUAUAGCCCAUGGAAAAGAAGAUUUUGAUCAGCAUCGGAGCUGUAGAAAUUUGGUUGAGGUUGCUGUUGUUGCUGAAAUAGUUAGGAGCCUUUUCAACGAAUUCCUUGGCACGAAGAAGAAGGUUAGUGUCGGUGUCAUUUCACCAUACACGGCUCAAGUUUCCGCAAUUCAAGAGAAGAUUUGGAAACACAUUUCAGAUUCUCACAGUGACUUCUCCGUAAAAGUUCGUGCUGUUGAUGGUUUUCAAGGUUGCGAGGAGGAUGUGAUAAUUAUCUCUACUGUUCGAAGCAAUGAUAAAGGAUCAGUGGGCUUUGUUUCCAAUCGUCAACGAGCGAAUGUGGCACUGACUCGUGCAAGGCAUUGCCUUUGGAUAUUGGGAAAUGCAGCAAGUUUAGUUAGGAGUGACUCUGUUUGGAAGAAUUUAGUGAAUGAUGCCAAGGAUCGGCAGUGCUUCUAUAAUGCUGAAGAGGACAAGAAUUUGGCUCAGGCUAUUACAUCUUCUUUGAUUGAGCUUUGCCAACAUGAUGUUUUGCUACAAACUGACUCUCUAUUGUUCCAGAACGCAAGAUGGAAGAUGGCUACCAAACCACUUUCUCGUGAAGAAAUUGCUAAUAGGGAAAAGAGAUUGGACAUGUCAUUAGAUGACAGCAUCAAAACGUCUAAAAAUACAACCAAACCAAGGAAGCAGCUAAGGGAUCCGAUAAAAAACCAGAAAAUGUUUAACAACCCUGCUCAUGAAAAAGCUUUAAGGGUUCGGCGUUAUAUGGACUCGAGGCCCUUGGUUCGGGAGGGUGCCUUGGCUCAAAGAAGGUCAAAUUUCCAUGGGAACCAUUUUCCUUUAACUUCCGAGGCUGCAAGGAGGGCUGCAGUUUCUCCCUUUCGGAAUAGAAAUUUUGGUGGUAAUUUCGUGGGUAAUUCAAGUAAUGCAAGGCGCAAUGCUACGCAAUUUGGUGCCACUUCUUCAUAUAAGAAGCAAUGCUUAAUAGUUUCCUCACAUAGGCUGGUGGAAUUCCUGUAUAUGAUUGGUUGGGUUACAAGCGGCCCAUCUGGAGAUUCACAAUUUGAGCAGUAUUCUGCUAGGCCUGCGGUGAGGUUGGUGUAUAGGAGGAAAGGGAAAGCAGGUGCAAGGCUGAAGGAGGAUGGGCUGACUCUGGAAGAAGUGGAAGCUGAUUGGAGAGGUGAAACGAUGGAGAAGAUGGCCGAAGAAGUAGUUGCUGGUAGAAGCUUAGUAGAUUUCGUGUUCUCUUGGUCUAUCAAGGAUGUAUUUUCCAAAUAUCUGUACAGAGACCAGGUGAAGAAGAUACCAAAGACAUUCACGUCAAUGACACGUUACAUGAAGACAUUCAUUCCUGCGCUAAUCGAGGAAACUCGUGCGGACUUAUGCUCAAACAUAGAAAUGGUCUCCCAAGCACCAGUAAGAGAGAUCUUGUCAAUUGAAAAAAUAAAAAAGCUGCAUAAACCUCCAAAAGACUUGUUUUAUAAGGUCUGGUUGAAAGAAGUUAGAAACAAUGGGAAUGAGAGAAGAAUAUAUAAGCCUGAGGUUGGAGAUCUCCUUGCUUUGACAGAUGUAAGACCGAAAGACACGUAUGAUUUGGAAAGGCCAGGGAUAAACUUUCUUCUUGCAUAUGUUCAUAGGCUACGGAAAAGGCUAGAUGAAGGCGAAGAUGACGACGAGGAUCAUGCAAUAUUGUCAAUUCUCACAUCCAAACCCAUUGAAUUUGGAUUAGAAGACGGACAAAGAAUGCGAAAGAACAGCGGAGCCAAUGUAUUCGUCGUUUACCUAACAAACAUGACAACAAAUAUUCGCAUAUGGAGAUCACUGCACUUUGAGCUUGAAGGAGGGAACAUGAACAUCAUCCAGAAUGUGCUUCAAACUAAUUCAACUGAUGUCCAGAAUUGUCCUCACUGCUUAUCUGAAGUGAGUAGAAAUGCUACACUUUAUGGUAUGGAAGAAACCAUAAUCGGCUUUUCCAAUUUAAAUGUCUCGCAGGAAGAUGCAAUUGUCAGCUGCAUUGGUCUGAGUGAAUGCCAACAUCAAAGUACUGUCAAGCUAAUUUGGGGUCCUCCGGGUACAGGAAAGACAAAGACGGUUGGUUUAUUAUUGUUUAGUCUGCUUAAAUUGAAGUGCAGGACACUUACAUGUGCUCCAACCAAUACUGCUGUGUUAGAAGUGACAUCGAGACUCCUAAGACUAGUUACAGACUCUCCCGAAUACGACACGUAUGGACUCGGGGAUAUAAUUCUAUUUGGGAACGGGGAGCGAAUGGAGAUCUCUGAGAAUGAUGAUCUUGAAAAUAUAUUUCUUGACCAUCGUAUUGAAGUACUUUAUCAUUGCUUUUCCCCGUCGACUGGGUGGAAGCGCACUGUAGACUCAUUGAUAACUUUGCUUGAAGAUCCUGAGCAGCGGUACAAUCGGUACUUGGAAAACAUGAAAAAAGAGAAUGAGGAGGGGAAGGAUCAGGAUGGUAGAAUGCUUGAAAUUCAAGAGAGGAACAGAUCCAAAGAGAAAGAUGAAAAGGUCAAUGAUCAAAACCAGAGGGGCAGGAACAGCAGGAAGGCUCUGAAGAAAGUUGUUUUGCAGAACUUGAAAGACAACAAGAAAAUGGAUAAACAGAAACGAAAGGUUUCUUCUCCGCAAGAGAAGCUUGCAAAGUGUGAGGGAACGGGAGAUAAAGAUGGCCAGGAAGACAAGGAAGAUAUACUCCCGUUCGCGGAAUUCGUAAAGAAAGAGUUCAAAAUCCUUUCUGAGGCGCUGGACCUGUUAAUUGUAGGUUUGUAUACGCACUUGCCAACAUCUAUCAUUUCAUUAGAAGUAGUGAAGAACAUGAUUGGAGCUCUUGAUUCGCUCAACUGCCUACAACGCUCGUUGAACGUUGUUACUGCUGGAGAUGAAGGUUCAAAGCAAGCCCUAAAUGAUUUUGCAAUUGAAGGAAACAGCGCUGCUCAACUUUCAUGGUUGACCAUUAGAAGAAAGGAAUGCAUUCAGCUACUGAAGUCACUUCCUCGAGAAUUUGAAGUUCCCAAUUUCUUCAGUAGUUACGCAGUCAGAAAGUUUUGCUUGAAAAAGGCAUGUCUGCUUUUCUGUACUGCUUCAAGCUCUGCUAAGCUGCACAUAGAAGGAAUGACGCCGAUAGAAUUGUUGGUUAUUGAUGAAGCUGCCCAGCUUAAAGAAUGUGAAUCGACCAUUCCAUUGCAACUUUCUGGUCUUCGCCAUGCUGUUCUUAUAGGCGACGAGCGCCAACUUCCUGCCAUGGUUGAAAGCAAGAUUUCCCAGGAAGCUGAAUUUGGGAGGAGUUUGUUUGAGAGAUUGGUCAUACUGGAUCGCAAGAGACACCUUCUGGGUAUGCAGUAUAGGAUGCAUCCAUCUAUAAGCUUAUUCCCAAAUGAACAGUUCUAUGGUGGGCUAAUACGGGAUGCUCCAAAUGUCAAAGAAAGAAACUAUCAGAGACAAUUCCUUCAAGGAAAUAUGUAUGGCCCUUACUCGUUUAUUAAUGUAGCCAGUGGGAAAGAGCAAAUGAAUGACCGCAGGAGCAAGAAAAAUUUGGUUGAGGUUGCUGUAGUUUCAGAGAUAGUUGCUAGCCUUUUUAAAGGUAUGCAUUUGAGUCAUCACAGAAACCAGUGGAUUUUUUUAGGGAAAUGA